AUGGACAGCCAUAAAUCUGGUCCGACUAUCGAGUUGCUGAGGCUUACCAUCAAGGGCGACAUGUGCGAUGGGUGGGAAGGAGUUGAGGUCAUCAAGAACAACUCUCGAUCCUUCUGUGUGGAACGGUACAUUGCCGGUGCUGCGGAAAAGUUCACUGGGCGGUGUUGUCCCCGUCAGUAUGACCCUGAAAAUUCUUAA